GAGUUUUCGGUGCUAUCACGCGCACUGCACUCUCGCUAGUGCCAUCUCAACUCUUGCGUUCUCUUCCUAUUUGUCUGUCCAAAGUCUCGAAAAUAAUCAUGAAGAUCGCAGUCCUCACUUCGGGAGGCGACAGCGCGGGGAUGAAUGCGGUAGUACGUGCUGUGGUCCGAGGAGGAAUUUUGAAAGGAUGCCAGGUCUGGGUUGUCAGAGAAGGAUAUGAAGGCCUUGUCCGUGGCAAUACUGAAGCACCUGAACCUGAACCUGCACCCCCAGCAUUUCCCGAUCUCCCACCAGAAACCGAUGGAGAUAUCAACCUCAUCCACAACCUUCGCUUUGGCGACGGACAGUUACUUAGAGAUGGAACAGGUGACUACAUCAGUGGAAGAACCCUUAAAGGAAGAUACAUCGUUCGAGUCGGCUGGGAUGAUGUUCGUGGCUGGUUCAGUGAGGGCGGAACUCUGAUUGGAAGUGCUCGAUCCAAAGCUUUCAGAACCCCAGAGGGUAGACUAGCCGCAGCUUACAAUUUGAUCAAAGAAGGAAUCGACGCUCUCGUAGUGUGUGGUGGUGAUGGAAGCUUGACUGGUGCAGACAUCUUUAGGGCCGAAUGGCCAAACCUAGUAGCAAAAUUACUAUCGGAAUCGAUCAUCACCAAAGAGCAAGCAACCGCUCAUACCCAUCUCAAAAUUGUCGGUCUCGUAGGAUCUAUCGAUAAUGACAUGUCCAUGACGGAUCUUACUAUCGGUGCUGUAACCGCCCUACACCGAAUAUGUGAAGCCAUAGACAACAUUAACUCCACAGCCGCAAGUCAUUCCAGGGCGUUCGUUCUUGAGGUCAUGGGAAGACAUUGUGGUUGGCUUGCCUUACUCGCGGGCGUCAGUGGAGGCGCAGAUUUCAUUUUCAUCCCUGAACGACCACCGGACACGGAAUCUUGGGAAGAUGAAAUGUGUGAAUGCAUUCAACGCCACCGCGAAGUGGGCAAGCGUAAAACAAUUGUCAUCGUCGCCGAAGGCGCUCUCGAUAAAUUCUUGAAUCCCAUCAAAGCUGACUAUGUGAAGGAUGUCCUGACUGAACGAUUGGGAUUAGACACUCGCGUGACUACUCUCGGGCAUACUCAGCGAGGGGGGAGGCCGUGCGCGUUUGACCGCAUCUUGCCUACUAUCCAAGGCGUCGAGGCAGUCCAGGCGCUCAUGGAAGCUACUCCGGACACGCCCUCAUAUAUGAUCGGAAUCCAGGAAAAUAAAAUCACAAGGGUACCUCUUGUGGACGCCGUUGCAAUGACCCGUUCUGUCGCAGAUGCUAUUGAAGCCAAGGAAUUUGACAAAGCCAUGUCGCUACGAGACCCUGAAUUUAGAGAAAGUCUAGAAGGCUUUAUGGCUAUUUCCACCUUAGACCACAAGACAAAGACAAUACCGGAGACCAAGAGAAUGCGUGUUGCCAUUAUGCACAUGGGUGCACCUGCUGGGGGCAUGAAUGCAGCUACUCGUGCUGCAGCGCGUUGGUGUCUCCGUUAUGGCCACGUUCCGAUUGCGAUCCAUAAUGGUUUCCGUGGUCUGUUAGAUGACCACAUUCAUGAACUUUCCUGGUUAGGCGUCGACUCGUGGACCGCUCGGGGUGGCUCAGAACUUGGAACAAAUCGAACCUUACCUUCGAUUGAUUUAGGAGCAGUCGCCUCUAAAUUCCAACAGCAUUCGUUUAGUGCUCUCUUGAUGAUUGGCGGUUUCGAGGCCUUCAGUUCUCUCUUGAUCCUGGAGGAAGGGAGAAAGCAUUACCCGGCAUUGCACAUCCCACUGGUCCAUUUACCCGCCACAAUUAGCAAUAAUGUCCCAGUCACGGAGUAUAGCUUGGGUAGCGAUACCAGUUUAAACGCGCUUGUGGAUGCGUGCGAUGCGAUCAAGCAGAGCGCAAGCGCGAGUAGGAAUCGAGUAUUCGUUGUCGAAACACAAGGCGGAAAGUGCGGAUACAUUGCCAUAAUGGGUGCUUUGGCGACGGGCGCCUCGCUAGUGUACACGCCUGAGCACGGUAUCGGUCUGGAUACUCUGAGAAGAGAUGUACGCUUCCUCAAGACGAGAUAUACAUUAGACGAAAAGGGUAGAGCUGAAGGGCGUCUCGUCAUCAGAAAUGAGGCUGCCUCAGAAGUGUACACCACCGACGUGAUCAUGAAAAUGUUCAAAGAGGAAGGCGGUUCCCUCUUUGACUCUCGUGCCGCUUCACUUGGGCAUACACUUCAAGGAGGUAUACCGUCUCCGAUGGACCGCUCUCGUGCCGCACGACUUUCCUUGAAAUGCAUGUCUUUUAUUGAAAGGCAACACGAAAUUUUGAUGAAUCAGCCUCCCAAGACCAGACAUGCGCUCCCGGGGUCAGCUGCUGUGAUCACCGUCCAGGCUAGCUCAAUUCAGUUGAUGCCUGUUCAAGACAUGGUAGGCCAGGCCGAUAUGAAAAACAGGAGAGGAAGGAACCCUUGGUGGUUGGGUAUGAAGGACCUGGUCGAGGCAUUGGUAGGCAGACCACAGCUGGCCACCAAGUUGCCGCCCUUAAAUGUUUGAGUAUGUACCCAUUAGAAUUGUGUAUACCAUAGUAGAAUGUUUGUCAAAUAGAAUUUUCGACUCAUUUCGUCA